AUGGCUGAUUUGCAGAGGCCUAGUCUUGUGGAAAGGGACAUUGACCAGGCCAUCACAGCCCUUAAGAAAGGAGCACACUUGCUGAAGUAUGGUAGGAGAGGGAAGCCCAAGUUUUGCCCAUUUAGACUUUCCACAGAUGAGACCGCCUUGAUAUGGUGUUACGGGAAAGAUGAGAGACAGCUUGAGCUACGUCGUGUUUCGAGGAUAGUCCCUGGGCAGAGGACUUCGAUAUUUCAGCGGUACCCCCGUCCCGAAAAGGAAUACCAAUCAUUUUCCCUCAUAUACGACGACAGGUCCUUGGAUCUGAUAUGCAAAGAUAAAGAUGAAGCCGAAGUCUGGUUUGCCGGUUUAAAAGCUCUUAUUGGACGCGGCGGGUACAGAAGACGGAGAAAUGAUUGGAGAAGUGAAGCGCUGCCCGAAAGCCCACGUGGUCGGAGGAUUACUCCAUCAAAUACAGCUGUGAGUAGUAGUACCUUGAUCAUUUUUUCACAUAAUCCAAGAAUACAUGCUCUUUUUUCCACUCCUGAUAUCUUCAUUGAUCUAAUUCAGUUUACUCAGGAUGAAGGAUCCACCACCAUGACUGCUUCCCAAAGCAGACUCGGGAAAUCAUUCGCUGAUGUCUUGUCUUACACCGCUGCAGACAAGAACCCUCAACUAACUGAACAGUCCAAUGGGCCGACCAUGCGGACGUCGGGAGCCGACACGAUCCGAGUCAGCCUCUCAAGCAUUGUGAGCUCCGUGGUCCUCGACGUGCAGCGGAUCGCGUGCGGGCAGAGGCAUGCCAUCCUUGUCACAAGGCAGGGGGAUGUUUUCAGCUGGGGAGAGGAGGAUGGGGGCAGGCUCGGCCACGGGGUCGAAUCCGACGUUUCCCAACCGAGGCUUGUCCAAGCCCUGGAGGGAAAACCCGUCGAGUUCAUCGCGUGCGGCCAACGCCACACUUGUGCCGUCACGCUCUCGGGUGAUUUGUAUAUGUGGGGGGACGGCAGUACUCCUGACGGGCCGGGUCACUGGCUUCCGAAGCAGGUUGGGGGCCCGUUGGAGGGCCUUCAGGUCUCUUCGGUGGCGUGUGGCCCGUGGCACACGGCUGUGGUGACAUCGGCGGGACGGCUGUUCACGUUCGGGGAUGGGACGUUCGGCGCGCUGGGACACGGGGAUCGAUGUGGGGUGUGUAGCCCACGUGAAGUCGAGGGCCUCAAGGGGCUGAGGACCGUGAGGGCGGCAUGCGGUGUGUGGCACACGGCAGCGGUCGUGGACGGGGACAGGGGUCAGCUCUUCACUUGGGGGGACGGGGACAGGGGUCAGCUCGGCCACACCAAUGGCGACCCGAGGCUGAUUCCUGAGAUGGUGUCCUCGUUGGCUGACAUGGAUUUCUGUCGGGUGGCGUGCGGGAAUAGUCUCACACUGGCUCUCACUACAUCAGGCCGAGUGUAUGCCAUGGGGAGCAUGUGUGGAGGGAAGCACCCAAUCUGCAUUCGAGACAACAUAGGCGAGUCUUUCGUUGAGGAUAUUGCCUGCGGCUCACACCACAUGGCCGUCCUGACUUCAAAGUCGGAGGUCUACACGUGGGGCAAAGGCUCCAGCGGGCAGCUCGGCCACGGCGAUGUCCAGGACCGUAAUAUUCCCACGCUCGUCGUGUCAUUGAAGGACAAACAGGUGAAGAGCAUUGCUUGCGGCUCGAAUUUCACGGCUGUCAUUUGCCUCCAAAGGUGUAUAUCGAGUGCCGACAACUCCGUCUGCUCGGGCUGCCGCAGCCCUUUCAAUUUCAUUCGGAAGCGGCACAACUGCUACAACUGCGGGCUCGUCUUUUGCAAGGGCUGUAGUGCCCGGAAGUCCGUCAAGGCCUCGUUGGCGCCGACUGCGAGUAAGCCGUACCGCGUUUGUGACGACUGCUUCAUGAAGCUGGCAGAGAGAGGCCCAGCAGCGUCCAGGGUCUCGAGCGUGAAUGUUCAAAGGCUGUCGUCUGUCAAGUUGGACCGAAAUCUUGGGCUGAGUGUGAAGAGGCCUAGCACGUCGUCCAAAUCACCGACAAGCCCGCUUGGGUUGUCCCAGAAUUUCCUAACGUUUUUCAUGCCGGACCCGAAGAUAGUAUCCCGUUCGCCGUCCCCUGUGCCGGGGAAGACCCCACAGAGGUCGUCCACACCCUCGCCGCCCAUGUCUCAGUCCAAUACGGAAGAUAGUAGCACUGAUGUGCUGAGCUUUGAGCUCAAGAGCUUAAGGGCACAGGUGGAGAAUCUAACGAGCAAAUCCCAACUUCUCGAAACUGAACUUGAAAGCAAAAGAAAGCAACUGAAGGAGAUGGCGGCACGGGCAGCAGAUAAAGCUGAAAAGGCCAAAGCUGCUAAACAAGUGAUCAAGUCUCUCACUGCUCAGUUAAAAGAGAUGUCCGAAAAAGUGGCAGAGGAGCAAGCAACUGCUUUUAGCCAUUCGGAACCUGAUGUGGAAAUGAUGAACGAUCCUAACCGUCCAUCCAACGGAAGCAGUGUGACUAGUAUAACCUCUCCAAAGACCAAAAACAGUGACCAUACAAAUGCACAAAUGAUGCAAAACGGAACAAAAUCCCAAACACAAAAGUCAAAGCGGAUUGUGCAAGACGAGCCAGGCGUCUACAUAACUCUCGUGUCCCUGCCCAAUGGUGCGAAUGAAUUAAGACGAGUUCGUUUCAGUAGGAAAUGUUUCAAAGAAGAAGAGGCGGAGAAGUGGUGGGCAGAGAAUGGGACGAGAGUAUGCGAGCAACACAAUGUCACGACUGUGCGCUAG